ACGGAAUCUAACUACCACACCAGCCAUCUCACGAGAGAGGAGAACCCCGGGGCGCGCUGCGGCGCGGCGGAGUGGGCAGGGGAAGGGGAAUGUGGUGGGAGUGCGAGGACGACGGCGAGGAGGCGGCGCGGCAGCGGGAGGAGGUCCCCGUCGACUUCGACUUCGUCUCCCUCCUCCGCAAGCCCAAGGAUUACUACAAGAUACUGGAAGUGGAGUAUGAUGCGUCGGAGGAGGCGAUCAGGUCGAGUUAUAUUCGCCUCGCACUGAAGUGGCACCCUGACAAGAAGUUGGGCGAAGAAAAUGCAACCUCCAGAUUUCAGGAGAUUAACGAAGCAUACCAAGUUCUCAGUAAUCCAGCAAAAAGGCAGGAGUAUGACAAGAUAGGUAUUCUUUAUGUUCAAGAUCAGAAUGUAGUGGAUUAUCUGAACCGGCACAAAGGUUUAAUCCUUACAUGCAAUGGCCUUGGCAUAAGGCAUUCAGUAUGGUGAGCUUAAUCAGGGGUAUAUGUUGUCUUGGAUGAUGUGUGUCAUUGUAAAAUCCCAUGUAAUCUGCAAAAUGUAGCACAAUCAUGCGCUACUGCCACUUUUGGGAAGUUUCGAUGACGCUUAGAGUUCAUCCUGGUAUCCUACACGGCUACAACAAAGAUGAUUCUUAUUUGGUGAUCAACUGUUGUAGAUUGCACGAAGCAGAGAUGCUCUAUGUUGCAUGUCGCCCCUCCGUGUAACAUACUGUAAAAUAUGAAAUGCCUAUGCCACCAUCUGUAUUUCAGAAUAUCUUGCCAGUUACUGAUGUUACUGGCCGUAGCUGAAUGGUAGCGAGGAAUAUUUGGUUA